UAAACAUGUUCCAGGGACUCUACUGCUCAUGUAGUAGGACUUGAUUAGAUUUCACUGUUUUCCUGUUUUAAAUCAUAUCAUCUUUGAGGACACGAGCUCUUGGAGAGAGUUUGCUGCGCAACUUUGGAGAGCAGUCACCAGCUUGGAGAGCGCACUUCACUGUGCGCGCUUUGAUUCCAACCGAGGCGAUUAUUAUUACCAAGAGGAUCUGAAGAUGAAUGACACAUCGGGCAUUUUUUGCAAAAACAACCAAACAGAGAACUUAACCGACCCGUCAUGUCGGAGUUCAACUCGUUCCUCCUUCAACUUCAUCGACAUCACCACUUUCAUGCACAUAUUCCCUUCCAUCUAUGGCAUCCUGUGCUUGGUGGGAGUUAUAGCCAACGGGCUGGUCAUCUACGCGGUGAAAGCAUGCAAGAAGAAGAUGGUAUCCGACAUCUAUGUGCUGAACUUGGCCAUAGCAGACAUGCUGUUCCUGCUGGUGAUGCCCUUCAACAUCCACCAGCUGGUCAGAGACAGGCAGUGGGUGUUCGGAAACUUCAUGUGCAAAGCUGUGGUGGUGGUGGAUGUCAGCAACCAGUUCACCACAGUGGGAAUAGUCACUGUGUUGUGCAUUGAUCGGUACAUCGCUAUCGUCCACCCCACCUCAGAGAAGAGGACCAUCCAGUGGACCAUCAUCAUCAACAUGCUGGUGUGGCUGGGCAGCUUCCUCCUCACCGUCCCCGUCAUGCUGUACGCCAAGGUUGUGCGCAGACAUCAUUUGGAGGUGUGCAUGAUGAAUCUGGACGGGCCUGAGGACAUGUACUGGUACACUCUCUACCAGUCCAUCCUGGGCUUCAUCAUCCCCCUCAUCAUCAUCAGCACUUUUUACUCGCUCACUCUCUAUCGCGUCUUCAGCUCCAUCCGGCGUGUCAAACGCAAGCAGUCUGUUUGGGCUAAAAGAGCCACCAAGAUGGUCCUAAUGGUCAUCGCCCUGUUCCUGAUCUGCUGGUCGCCCUACCACGUCAUUCAGGUGGUCAACCUGACCAACAACACCCCGACUAUUGCCUUCGUCUAUGCCUACAACAUCAGCAUCUGCCUCAGCUACUCCCACAGCUGCAUCAACCCGCUCAUGUUGCUCAUCUUCGCCCAGAAUUACCGCGAGCGUCUUUGCUCCCGGAAUACGCGGCACAGCUCCCAGCAAUCAUCCAAGGUCACGGUGGUCAAAGCGGAUGGUUCCAGUACGAUCAAUGAACCCAACAACCGCUGUACUGUCAUCUAAUCAGAGAGAUGUAUUUUUGUAUAUAAUGUUUUCGCCCCUCGCCUCAAAAGGAAGUAGCUUGAUGAAUUGUGUUGCCUGUGAAGUCACAUUCUGCAGCUUUUUCAAAUAAUUAAGUCACAAAUUGAUACCAUGAAAAAACUGGAUAUGAAGCUCAAAUAUCAACCAUCACUAAGUAAAAUACAAGUCAAAGGUUUUCAACAUAUGCAGUGCAAUACUCACUCAGUUACAGUCACAUAUAAUCAUUCCUCUUAAAGGUACAGUGUGUAGGAUUUGGCGGCAUCUAGUGGUGUGGUUGCAGAUCGCAACCAACUGAGUACCCCUCCGCUCAUGCUUGAUUUAUGCUUGACGCAUCCGUGAGGGGUCGUGAGUGUCCGCACGGCGAAAGUGCCAUCACACCAUCAGACACGGCCCUUCGCGGGGGGUCCA